AUGACCAUCUUCUCUUUGCUCUUUGGUCCGCAUUCUUCUCUCCGCCCCACAACUUUACCCCCACCACUACGCCACAAGUUUACUUCAAAAUGCCCCAACCUCCACUCGGCUCAUUCAGAUUUGCUGAGUCAGCUCAUUUUCUUUGUCGCUUUUUUUAUUUUUUUCUAUCACAUUCUUUCUCUCCUUCAUAUCCUGUCAUUGAUUAUCUAUUUCGCGAUUUCUCUCUCUCUCUCUCUCUCUCUCGCUUUCUCUCUCUUUACAUUUGCUCCCUCUAUCUCUCUCUUUCUCUCUCUACUUUUUCUCUCUUUACUUUUCUCUCUUUCUUUCUCUUUUCGUUUUCUGUCUCUCUUCCUCUCUCUUUACUUUUUCUGUCUCUCUUCCUCUCUCUUUACUUUUUUCUCUCUCUUCCUCUCUCUUUACUUUUUUCUCUCUCUUCCUCUCUCUUUACUUUUCUGUCUCUCUUCCUCUCUCUUUACUUUUUCUGUCUCUCUUCCUCUCUCUUUACUUUUUCUGUCUCUCUUCCUCUCUCUUUACUUUUUCUGUCUCUCUUACUCUCUCUUUACUUUUUCUGUCUCUCUUACUCUCUCUUUACUUUUUCUGUCUCUCUCUCUCUACUUUUUCUCUCUUUACUUUUCUCUCUUUCUUUCUCUUUUCGUUUUCUCUCUCUUACUCUCUCUUUACUUUUUCUCUCUCUCUUACUCUCUCUUUACUUUUUCUCUCUCUCUUACUCUCUCUUUACUUUUUCUUUCUCUCUCUCUCUACUUUUUCUCUCUCUACUUUUUUCUCUCUCUCUCUACUUAUUUUCUUCCUCUUUCCCUCUUUACGUUUUCUUUCUCUAUAGCCUGUUCCUUUUCUGAUUUGAUUAACAAAACACGGUCGUUUGCUGUUCAUUCUCUCUCUCUCUCUCUCUCUCUCUCUCUUUGCUUAACAUACGUAGCAUUCUUCUUCUUCUUCUUCUUCUUCUUCUUCUUCUUCUUCACUAUUUCUAUCUUGCUCUCUUAUUCAGUUCUUUCUUUUUCUCUCCUUUUCCCCUCUUCUGUCUUUUUCUCUCCUUUUCCCCUCUUCUUUCUUUUUCUCUCCUUUUCCCCUCUUCUUUCUUUUUCUCUCCUUUUCCCCUCUUCUGUCUUUUUCUCUCCUUUUCCCCUCUUCUUUCUUUUUCUCUCCUUUUCCCCUCUUCUUUCUUUAUUUUCUUCGGGCGUUAUCAACCCAUCUCUCUUCUUUAUGGGUUCUUUUCUCACCCUCUCUCUUUGUCGGUUCUUUUCUCACCCUCUCUCUUCUUCAUCGGUUCUUUUCUCAACCUCUCUCUUCUUCAUCGGUUCUUUUCUCAACCUCUCUCUUCUUCAUCGGUUCUUUUCUCAACCUCUCUCUUCUUCAUCGGUUCUUUUCUCACCCUCUCUCUUCUUCAUCGGUUCUUGUCUCAACCUCUCUCUUCUUCAUCGGUUCUUUUCUCACCCUCUCUCUUCUUCAUCGGUUCUUUUCUCACCCUCUCUCUUCUUCAUCGGUUCUUUUCUCACCCUCUCUCUUCUUCAUCGGUUCUUUUCUCAACCUCUCUCUUUGUCGGUUCUUUUCUCAACCUCUCUCUUCAUAGGUUCUUUUCUCAACCUCUCUCUUCAUCGGUUCUUUUCUCAACCUCUCUCUUCUUCAUCGGUUCUUUUCUCAACCUCUCUCUCUUUAUCACCUCUUUUCUCACCCUAUCUCUUUUUUAUGGGUUCUUUACCUACUCUUUCUUCCUUUUAUAGUUGCUUUUUUUCACUUUCGACAUUUUUCACCCUCUCUCUUCUUUUCUACUUUCUCUAUUCGAUUCUUGUUUUCUCGAUAUUCUGUAAUUAUUUUUUUACUUCCUCUUCUUUCUACUACGCUUUCUCCUCGCUCUUUUCGCCUCCUCUUCUCUUUUCUUUUAUUGUCGCUCUUUAUCUCCCCUUCUCCCUUUCCUCUCAUCUCUCCCAUCUUUCUCUCUCUCUCUUUCCCUUCCUUCUUUUUCUCACUUUUCAAUUUCUCUGUCUUUUUUUAUUUUCUAUAUAUUUCUUAACCUCUUCUUCCCUCACUCAAUUGCUCUUUCUCUCGUUCGUUUCUCCUUUUCUACUUCUUCUUAUUUAA